AGUUGCACGGCAGAGCUCGGAAUCAGCCAGCCAGCCUGCCCAGUUAUGGUGUCCAAAGCUUCCGACUCCUCCUCCAAAUCCAGAAAAUCGCUUGGAGAACAGUCUAGUGGUGGCAUUGGAAACUUGACACAUAAAUUAAAUCAACUUAAAAAGCAAAUUCAAGCAGAGAGAGUUGCUUCAAUAAAGGAAAAGGUUGAGAGAAAUAGAAAGAAACUAGAAGGUCAUGUUUCAAAGAUUCUGUUAGCCACAUCAAAUAGGAAUGGUUUAAAUGUUGACGAGAGUGGAUCUAGUAAUGUGCUUUUUUUAAGAAUGGUAAAUCCCCUCUGCAAGUAUGCCGCGUUUUCUCAAGGAUCAGUGGAUAAAGACAGUGCAAACACUCACGAAGUUGUACCCUCUACAAGUGUGAAGCUGAUGUUUAUUGAGAAGUUACCACCAUAUACGACCUGGAUAUUUCUGGAUAGAAACCAAAGAAUGGCUGAAGACCAGUCAGUGGUGGGGAGGAGACGUAUUUACUAUGAUCAACAUGGCAGCGAAGCAUUGAUCUGCAGUGACAGUGAAGAAGAUACUGCAGAGCCUGAGGAAGAGAAACAUGAAUUUGCUGAGAGUGAAGAUCGUAUAGUAUGAAUGAUAUUGAUAGGAUGCUGGAGUGAAAGAAGAGGAGAGAUCUAACCUGAAACAGGAAAGUAAAAACGUUUUUUUCAUACGAUAUUUUUAAGAAUCUUUGUCAUGGUAUUUACUAUUUAUGGUGCACAAGUUAUAUGUGACAAUUAAACUUUUAAGUUUUUAGAGCAUAUGAGACACAUUGUUGGCAGAGAGGAUGUUAGCUACUGUUUUAAGUGGUGACCUUCUGGUUUGUUAUUCCCAUCCAACUAUAGGAUUAAUUCAAGCAUUUUAUAUUCUAUUGUGUUCAAUUUGGCAGGACUGUCUCCCAGGAGUAUGGACUAGGUGAGGAAGUAGUGAACAUUGUCAGCCAGUUUAUUGGAGUAAAUGUUUCUGAAAUUGAGGAGCGGCACAAUUUCCUCAAGGAGAAAUACAAAGAUAGUGAGCAAAACUUGAGAGAUCCUGGUGAUUCUGGACUUGAAAAGGGCAUAUCUUUAGACAAGAGUCUCAAUGCUGCCUUAGAUUCUUUUGAUAACCUCUUUUGUCGCCGUUGCUUGUUAUUUGAUUGCCGUCUACAUGGUUGUUCUCAAACUUUAAUCAAUCCAAGUGAAAAGCAGCCAUAUUGGUCUGAAUAUGAAGAUGACAGGAAACCUUGCAGUGACCAGUGUUACCUCCGGGUUUACUUCUUCACCUUCUAACGGAUUUUAAGUUACCCAUAUUUGACUCUUAAAAUUUUGGUUGAAAAGAACCUUGUCCUAGAUCACUAUUUCAUUAAAAUUGUUCAUAAAGUCUUUUUGUUGUACUAUGGUCUUACUAAUCAGUACUUUUAAAACCGUUGGUACAUUUCAUUUGCCAUGACUCAAUUCCUUUUGAUUUUCUCUUUUUGGAUUUGAGCUUGGGAAAGUUUUUCUCUUUCCAUUUUGGUUGGUUGUGGAGGUUGUUUAAUACAAUGAAUUUAACUCCAAGACCUUGCAGUUAAGAGCACUCAAAGAUGUGCAGGAAGGUUCUGGUCCAGGUGCCAUCCAUAGAGUGAAUGAUAAAACUUUAGAAGAAAAAGACACAGCUGCGCCACAUGAAGCUGAAAAGCCAAAUGUUGGUAAUGAUGCAGAUCUGAUGCAAGAUGAAAGAGGGAUUUGUGAAGAAGCAGCCCCUGGUUCAUCAGAAGGUGUACGGGGCUCAGAAGUUGUUACAACUGAAAAUUUGGAGACAGCUCCUCUGGAAAUAGGUGACAAUGAAAGUUUAGGUGUACCUGCCCCAGAAGUUACAACAGAAAAUUUGGAGACAUCUCCUCUGGAAAUAGGUGACAAUGAAAGUUUAGGAAAGCGCAAGUACUUACCAGAUAUGAAUACAGGAGGGAAUGAAUCAGUUCAUGGUUCUGAUGAUCUCCAGGAACCUGCAAGUAAGAAACAGAAGACAAUAUUAGCUUUGGGUGUAGCUUCCAUGUCAAAUGAAGCUAUUGGAAAUCUGGAUUGCCCUUCAAGUGCCAGAAGUCCACAACUAGAUGUUGGUGCACCCAACGAUAAUGAUGCUCAAACUAAAAGUAAAAACAACCAAAAGGAUUCUGCAGAAUCUACACCUCAUAAUUUUACAUUAUCUGGUAACACCAUUUGUGAUGAAGCUGAUGACAAUGUAAGAGAUGGAAACAAAGACAUUGUUGAAGUGCCUGAGUUGAAGCAGUCAUCAACAGAUUGGAAACCUAUUGAGAGAGAAUUGUAUUUGAAAGGAGUAGAGAUAUUCGGGAGAAACAGUUGCCUCAUAGCCAGAAACUUACUUUCUGGUUUAAAGACUUGCAUAGAGGUGUCUACUUACAUGUGUGAUGGUGGAGCUUCAACACUUCACAGAUCUGUUGUGCCAAGUUCAUUUUUUGAAGAAAAGGGGAAAUCUGAGUCAGAUUAUAUGGAGCAGGAGUCAACAAGACCACGCUUAUUUCGUAGAAGAGGCAGAACAAGGAAGCUUAAAUAUUCUUGGAAGUCUGCUGGCCAUCCAUCCAUGUGGAAAAGAAUUGCAGAUGGAAAGAAUCAGUCUUGCAUUCAAUAUACACCAUGUGGAUGCCAGUCCAUGUGUGGAAAGGAAUGCCCUUGUUUGCACAAUGGAACUUGCUGUGAAAAAUAUUGUGGCUGCUCAAAAAGUUGCAAGAAUCGGUUCAGGGGAUGUCACUGUGCAAAGAGUCAAUGCAGAAGCCGGCAGUGCCCAUGUUUUGCUGCCGGGCGUGAAUGUGACCCAGAUGUUUGCCGGAAUUGCUGGGUUAGUUGUGGAGGUGGUUCAUUGAAUGAGCCACCCAAAAGAGGAGAUGGUCAAUGUGGAAACAUGAGACUGCUUCUGAGGCAGCAGCAAAGAAUCCUCUUGGCAAGGUCUGAUGUUGCUGGAUGGGGAGCCUUUCUCAAGAAUUCUGUCAACAAAAAUGAUUAUCUUGGAGAAUAUACUGGUGAAUUGAUCUCCCACCGGGAAGCUGACAAACGUGGGAAAAUUUAUGAUCGUGCAAAUUCAUCAUUCCUUUUUGACUUGAAUGAUCAGGCAAGUUAUUUAAGAUUUCUUGUUGCGGAAUUUGCUUGUGUAAAUGACUAUUCAACAUUGAAGAACAUUUUUGCUGAUCCUGAAGUUGUCGAAAAGGUUGAAUGUGCAUUUAUCUCAAUGCAUUGGUUUCAAGUUCAGAAAAUGAAUAUCUAGAUAGACUCCAUCUUCGUUGUUUAAAGUUUAAACUGGUGUGAUGGAAUCUUUUAAAAGCUGCUACCUGUUCUUUGUAGUAUGUUCUUGAUGCAUAUCGCAAAGGAGACAAAUUGAAAUUUGCAAACCACUCUUCAAAUCCAAACUGUUAUGCUAAGGUAAUGCUGGUGGCAGGAGAUCACCGGGUAGGGAUCUUUGCCAAGGAGCAUAUUGAAGCUAAUGAAGAGCUCUUCUAUGAUUAUCGUUAUGGCCCUGAUCAAGCACCUGCUUGGGCUCGGAAACCCGAGAG